GGAGGAGCUGGAAGGAGCAAGACCAUGGUCAGCUUGCGGGGCUUGAGCUUGUGGGCGCUGCUGGCGCUGGCGCGGCCCGGGGCUUGCUCCCCUCGCGAGGGGCUCCUCUUCCCCUUCGGCUUGGAGCGAGGCGACGCGGAGCUGCAGCCCGGGGACGACGAAAGCUCCCUGCCCUUGGAGCUCAGCACCCCGCUGCGCUUCUACGGCUCCAGCGUCAACUCCCUCUAUGUUCUUACAAAUGGCAUCAUUGCAGUGAGUGAACCAUCAAGGGAAGAAGAUUAUCUUAGCCAAUUUCCUCUCAAUUUUGGAGGUAUCGCUCCUUUUUAUGCUGAUUUGGAUACUACAGGCGGACAUGGGAAGAUAUAUUAUAGGGAAGAUUCAUCUUCUGAUGUUCUCCAGCUUGCUGCUGAGUAUAUUAAAAGGGGCUUUCCAGAGACUGACUUUGACCCAAGCAAUGUCAUAAUUGUUACUUGGGAUUCUGUGGCUCCUUAUGCAGGACCUAGAGAAGACACCACAUUACAAAUCAAGAGAAACACAUUUCAGGCUGUUUUAGCAUCUUCUGAUUCCAGUUCCUAUGCAGUUUUCCUUUAUCCAGAAGAUGGCUUGCAGUUCUACAGUACACAUUCUAAAAAUGAUAAUGAAGUUGUCCCUGCUACUGUUGGCUUUAGUCAACCCUCUACAAAUUACUUCUUAUGGGUAAAACCUGGAUCAUACAAUAUAAUUGCUAAUGAUGAAGAAAUCCUUGGGACUCUGCACAGGAGCAGCAAUUUGGGAAAACAAGGAGUCUGGGCAUUUGAGAUUGGUGGCUCAGAUAAUAUCCUGUCAGCCAAAGUCACUCAGACCCCUGCCAGUGCAGAAUAUGGUGACUACGACCAAUUCCAGGAAGUGACUACAGACCCCUCCAUAUCACAUCAAGAUUUCAUUGAAAUAAGCCAACCAGAAGCAUCUUAUGACAUUUCUAGCAGAGGAGAUAGUCUACACACUAGCUAUAACUUACCUCAGCCAGCUGCUGAAGAUGAUUUUCAGUCUCCGUACCAGAUUUUAACAGAACGUCCUCCAGUUGAACCUCCACUCCCAACAGGGAAAAACCCACCUCUCCAGUUUCCGGGCCAGCAGUUUCCCCGGCAACACACUCAGAUUAUUGAUGUGGAAGAAGUUGAUGAAACUGGAAUUGUGUUCCAUUACAGUACAGAUGUCCAGCAAAGCUGUGCAAACAAUCACAAUCAGUGUUCCUUUCAUGCUGUUUGCAAAGACUAUCCAAAUGGCUUUUGUUGCAGUUGUAUUGCCGGUUACAAAGGCAACGGCAAGCAGUGUGUAGCAGAAGGUUCUCCUCAGCGAGUCAAUGGGAAAGUCAAAGGACGAAUCUUUGUCGGAAACAACCCAGUACCGAUUAUUUUUGAGAACACUGAUCUCCAUUCUUACGUCGUGAUGAACCAUGGGCGUGCAUAUACUGCCAUCAGUACAAUUCCAGAAACUUUGGGGUUCUCCUUACUCCCACUUGCCUCCAUUGGAGGUGUUAUUGGAUGGAUGUUUGCUGUGGAGCAGCAAGGGUAUAAAAAUGGAUUCAGUGUUACUGGUGGUGAAUUUACAAGACAAGCUGAAGUUACGUUCCUCAACAGCAAUGAAAAGGUGACCAUUAAACAGAAGUUCAGUGGAAUUGAUGAACAUCGACAUCUUACAAUCAGUACAGAACUUGAGGGCAAAGUGCCUGAAAUCCCAUUUGGUUCUUCUGUACAUAUAGAGCCCUAUACUGAGCUGUAUCACUCUUCUAGUUCUGUUAUCACAUCAUCAUCGACCAGAGAGUAUACUGUGACAGAGCCAGAAAGAGAUGGGGUGUCUCCAACUUACACUGUUCCCUACCAGUGGCGACAGACAAUCUCAUUUGAUGAGUGCAUUCACGAUGACUCUCAUCAUUCUAUUUCAGCCACUCAGCAAUUGUCAGUGGACAGUGUCUUUGUCUUAUAUAACAAAGAUGAACAAAUUUUGCGAUAUGCAAUGAGCAACUCAAUUGGCCCAAUUGAUUCAGGUGAUACAAACCGCAAUCCUUGCUACACAGGCACCCAUGGCUGUGACACCAAUGCAGUUUGUCGCCCAGGAACAGGCAAUCAGUUCAGCUGUGAAUGCUCAGUGGGCUUCCGAGGGGACGGACGUGCAUGUUAUGAUAUAGAUGAAUGCCUGGAGUUAUCAACUGUGUGUGGCACCAAUGCAAUCUGUAAUAAUCAGCCAGGAACUUUCCGAUGUGAGUGUCUAGAGGGAUAUCAGUUUUCAGCUGAUGGACGAACAUGUGUGGCUGUUGAACGUGAAGUCAAUCAUUGUGUGACAGGCACACACACUUGUGAUAUCCCUCAACAUGCCCGUUGCAUAUACACUGGUGGCUCUUCUUACAUCUGUGCAUGUCUCCCAGGCUUCUCUGGAGAUGGACGUUCCUGUGUGGAUGUAGAUGAAUGUCAGCUGAGUCGCUGUCAUCCAGAUGCUUUCUGCUACAACACACCAGGGUCCUUCAGCUGCCAGUGUAAAGCAGGCUAUCGUGGGGAUGGUUUCCAAUGUGUACCGGGAGAACUAGAGAAGACAAAAUGUCAGCAUGAACGAGAACAAAUGUUGGCUUUUGGUCCAAGAGGACCCAGACCAGUUGGCCAAUUUAUUCCUGAAUGUGACGUCUAUGGGAAUUAUUUGCCUACCCAGUGCCGUGGAAGUACUGGAUAUUGCUGGUGUGUAGACAGAGAUGGUAAUGAGAUUGAUGGUACCAGAAGUGGCCCAGGAAUCCAACCUCCAUGUCUGGGGACAGUUGCUCCGCCUGUAGUAGUCGGACCCUCCGUAAAACCAGAUGCAAUUCCUCUGCCUCCAGGAACACACUUACUCAUUGCUCAGAGUGGAAAGAUUGACCAUGUCCCUCUAGAGGGGAAUGAUAUGAGGAAAUCAGAUGCAAAAGCUUUGCUGUAUGUGCCAGAUAAAGUUGUUAUUGGAGUCGCUUAUGACUGCUUGGAGAAGAUGGUUUAUUGGACAGACAUCAGUAGCCCAUCCAUUAGUCGAGCAAGCCUGGGUGGAGGAGAGCCAACAUCCAUCAUAAAAACAGAUUUGGAAAGUCCUGAAGGAAUAGCUCUUGAUUAUCUCGGGCGCACCAUCUUCUGGACAGAUUCUCAGUUAGACAGAAUAGAGGUCGCAAGGCUAGAUGGCAGCCAGCGCCGAGUACUCUUUGACACUGACCUUGUGAACCCCAGAGCCAUUGUAGCAGAUCCUAUGAGAGGAAAUAUUUAUUGGACAGACUGGAACAGAGAAGCUCCUAAAAUAGAAACCUCAUACAUGGAUGGCACAAAUAGAAGAAUACUUGUUAAAGAUGAUUUGGGACUACCGAACGGGCUGACAUUUGACACUUACUCUUCAUCGUUAUGCUGGGUAGAUGCAGGCACCAAACGGGUUGAAUGUAUGGAUCCCAAUCAGCUUGGUCGGAGAAAGAUCCUUGAAGGAAUCCAGUAUCCUUUCAGUGUUACAAGCUAUGGGAAGAAUUUGUUUUACACAGACUGGAGAAGAGAUGCUGUAGUAGCAGUGGAUCGCACAAGCUCAAAAGAAAACGAUAACUUUCAGCCCCACAAGCGCACUCGUCUUUAUGGAAUAACUACAGCUUUGGCUGAGUGUCCACAAGGACAUAACUAUUGUUCAGUGAAUAAUGGAGGCUGCACUCAUCUAUGCCUGGCUACCCCAGGGGGCCGUUCUUGCCGGUGUCCAGACAAUACCAUCGGAGUGGAUUGUAUAGAAAGAAACUGAGAGCUACAGCCGGGAACGUGUCAAGGCAGCUGCCACCUUUUGGAAAUGUACUGUCAAUAGCUAGUUAAACGGCCAGUCACAUUCAAGGAAAGUUCUCAAAGAUAAGAUCUCCAUGCUGCCUGCAGCUAGAAGCCACACAGCACACAUGUUAGGACAACAGUGGCUACGUAAUGGAAUGCUGGUACAUCUGUACAACCAUUAACUCUACACUUCCCUCCUCUUUUUUUGUUUUUUAAAAGACAAGUCUAAUGACCAGCUGUACUUAUGCUGGUUAGGUAACACCUAGUCAAAUUGUUUUACAAACUGUAGAAUGGGGUGUUGAUAAGGACAAGAGACUAAGAUCUCAGACACCCAUGAUCACUUGGGUUUACAGGUUUACUUUCAAAAGCCUGCAACUGGUGCAGCUGAGUUGUAAACAGCUGGAUGUUGGGCAGUAAAGUCCAGUGAAAGAGUGAAAUGGUUGGAAUGCCAAAUGUAAGAGUAUAUUUGCGAUAACCAGCAAGUUGUUCCAGAGGUUUUAAGAAUUAUAACCACUAUUCCUUCAAACUUUUAAAAGCUGGCAGUACAAUUUUAUUGCAGUACUUUAGUAAAAGGAUUAAAGCAAUUUCUUACUAGAAAUUGUUGUCUUGUCUGUACAGGACAAAUCAGUUUUCUUAAUAUCACUUUAGUGGGUAUUUUCAACUUUUGCUUGUAUUUUCCAAAUAGAAGUUUAUCUUGGGAGCAACGGGUGAUGCAUUGCCCAUUUAUACUGGACUAGGUCCUCUGAUUUCAAUAGAUGAUUACUGACGCAUCUCCCUCUGCAUGGGGUUUUGGAUUUCUACAGAACAGCAUGAAUUUGAAUUUGCCAUGAGCAAUCAAGAUGGUGAAACAAUCCAUCAGACAGCCAAGAAAUCAGCCAUAGGUCUUUCCUUAUUAUAUAAAAAAAUCCAGGGCCCCGUUUCUCUGCCAAUUGCUAGCAAGCAUGAUGCAGCCACACUGGAAUUAGCCAAGUAUGCUGAAUAGACCAGAUGAAGGUUAAAAAGCAUUUCCAAAUUCUAAUGCCAAUGCAAUUUUUAGAAGUCUUGCUUUUGCUAGUAAAUACAUUCAAAAACAACAAAUAACCAAAAUCCAUAGUGAUAAUGGUUUCUAAAUAUUCAUUUUUUGCAAUGCAGCAACUUAAUUAAAAAAUAAAAUGUUAAGAUUCUAGAAGACAUUGCUUACCAGGCUAAAAUAUUAUUAAAGAAGAGCCAAUUCUGAACCUUCUGCUCUGACAACUUUUUCAUAUUUAUCAUUAAAAUAUCAAAUGCUAUAUUAAAUGUUUUAAUUUUGGUAUAACUCUUGUAUAACUUUAAUGCAUUUAAUUCUUACACUAAUGCUAAUAAAUAUGUCUGCAAAACUGUAAAUACCAAAAAACUGUGCUGAAACAAACCAAAGGUGCUUUUAAUUACUGUUCUUUGAGUGUUAUUUCAAUUUCAGGUGACAACACAACAAAGUUUACACGCUGUACCACUGAUCACAGCACUGCCAAUAAAAGAAUUGUUUUGUUUUUGUAAAAAAAAGUUUUUGUACUUGCAGUAUAACACAAGUGUCAUAAAAUUUUAUUAUUAAAAAGUUUUAGAUCUACUUUUUCAACCCAUCUGUAUCAACAUACAGAUUUGUUCUCUGACCACCAGUGUCAAUAGGUACUUUUAACAAACACAAUCCAAGUCCCAUGAUUUUAUACCAGUCCUAUAGACAUAAAAGAACAUCAAUGGCAAAUGAUUUAUAAGCAAUUCUCCUGGAAAAAUACAUGAGCUGCUUAUCCAGUAUUCAGAAUCCAUUCACGUCAAAUAUGUCAAUGUAUAUAAGCAGAAUAACUACCGGCAGGAAUCCCUGGGUCUAGUCAAGGUAAUGUACAUACUACCCCCAAAGAAAUUGUGAAAGCUUAGUUCUGUAAUGGACUAUACAGAUACGGAGUCUCAUAGAAACAAAGUUGUUGACCCAUAUGCCAAAUCCCCACAAAAGUUGCACCAUUGCAUUUGCACCAGGUUGGGGAAGGCUGCAACAGAUCAUGGUUGAGAUACAUAUUUUUAAGAUAUGGGGGAAGAAAUGUGAAAAGUGUCAAGUUGGGGAGAAGGGAGAAUAGAUCCAUUCCUAGUUUACUGAAUUUGUGCUGCCCUGGCUUAAAGAUUGUUAAAGAGCAUUGACAAGAGAUCAAGAAAGCGGAAAUUCCUAAGUUU